GUUCCCUUUGUGUGUGUGUCUCGCAUUGUGCUGCAAUUUGCAUCGACCUCUCGUUUUUCCUUCGUGUUUAUGUAGAUUUCCAAAUUAGGGUUUAACCGGAGACACCUCUGAAUGCGAAUUUAGGGUUUCGUUCCGAGGAAGAAGAAGAACGCAAUCUCAGAUGUCAAAGCGGAAGUUCGGAUUCGAAGGAUUCGGCAUCAGUCGCCAAACAACGUACAAUUUCGAGAGGUCUCAAGCGCCGCAGAGACUCUACGUCCCACCAUCUUCCCGCUCCGGGGGCCAUGACAACUACGAGGACACCGACCUGGAUAACAUCGAAUACGAUGACCGAGAGGGUUCUACGAACGACGCCGUCGACAACGACGGCGGCGGCGGCAGUGACGAAAUCGAUCCGCUCGAUGCGUUCAUGGAGGGGAUUCACGAGGAGAUGAAGGCUGCGCCGCCUCCCAAGCCCAAGGAGAAGUUAGAGAAAUAUAGGGACGACGAGGAGGAGGACGAUCCGGUAGAGAGUUUCUUGAAGGCUAAGAAGGAUUUAGGGUUGACAUUGGCUUCGGAGGCCCUCCACGCCGGGUAUGAUUCGGAUGAAGAGGUUUAUGCUGCCGCCAAGGCAGUCGACGCCGGAAUGUUGGAGUACGACUCGGAUGACAAUCCCAUUGUGCUUGACAAAAAGAAGAUUGAGCCGAUUUUACCUUUGGAUCAUAGCUCGAUGGAGUACGAGCCGUUCAAUAAGGACUUUUAUGAGGAAAAACCUACCAUAUCAGGUAUGAGUGACCAAGAUGUUGUUGAAUACAGAAAGAGCCUGGCUAUUCGUGUGUCUGGUUUUGAUGUUCCAAGGCCGAUCAAGACAUUUGAAGACUGUGGAUUUUCUGUGGAGUUAAUGAAAAUGAUUGCUAAACAAGCUUAUGAAAGGCCUACACCAAUACAGUGCCAAGCUUUACCCAUUGUGCUUUCUGGAAGAGACAUCAUAGGUAUUGCAAAAACUGGUUCAGGAAAAACAGCUGCUUUCGUGCUUCCUAUGAUUGUCCAUAUUAUGGAUCAGCCUGAACUUGGGAAAGAAGAAGGUCCAAUUGGAGUGAUAUGCGCUCCUACAAGAGAAUUAGCACAUCAAAUAUAUUUGGAGGCAAAGAAAUUUGCAAAAUCACAUGGUAUACGUGUCUCUGCAGUCUAUGGUGGAAUGUCCAAACUUGAGCAGUUCAAAGAGCUCAAGGCGGGAUGUGAAAUAGUUGUCGCUACUCCAGGCAGAUUGAUAGACAUGCUCAAGAUGAAGGCUUUGAAAAUGUUUAGGACAACUUACCUGGUACUUGAUGAAGCUGAUCGGAUGUUUGACCUUGGAUUUGAGCCACAAAUAAGGUCCAUUGUUGGUCAGAUUAGGCCAGAUCGUCAAACUUUACUAUUUUCAGCAACAAUGCCCCGCAAAGUUGAAAAAUUGGCAAGGGAAAUCCUUACUGAUCCUGUAAGAGUUACUGUUGGGGAGGUUGGAAUGGCUAAUGAGGAUAUCACUCAAGUUGUUCAAGUAAUUCCGUCUGAUGUUGAGAAGAUGCAUUGGCUUCUUGAGAGGCUACCUGGACUUAUUGAUGAUGGCGAUGUUCUAGUUUUUGCUUCAAAAAAGGCCACCGUGGAUGAAAUUGAGUCACAAUUAGCUCAGAGGGGAUUUAAAGUGGCAGCACUUCAUGGCGACAAAGACCAGGCUUCCCGGAUGGAGACACUGCAAAAGUUUAAAUCUGGAAUUUAUCAUGUGCUUAUUGCAACUGAUGUUGCUGCUCGUGGUCUUGACAUUAAGUCGAUUAAAUCAGUGGUCAACUUUGACAUAGCAAGAGAUAUGGACAUGCAUGUCCAUCGAAUUGGAAGAACAGGCCGUGCUGGUGACAAAGAUGGAACUGCAUACACUCUUAUCACACAGAAAGAGGCAAGGUUUGCAGGUGAACUGGUUAACAGUUUGAUUGCUGCUGGUCAGAAUGUGUCCAUAGAGCUCAUGGAACUUGCCAUGAAGGAUGGGAGAUUCAGAUCCAAGCGUGAUGCAAGAAAAGGAGGUGGAAAAAUGGCUAAAGGAAGGGGAGGUGGUGGCCGGGGCGUGCGAGGUGUGGAUUACGGAAUGGGCAUUGGAUAUAGUCCUGACUCCAGUAACACAUCAUCUAGCUCUGUCCCUAGUCGUUCCUCUGUCCCUAAUCGUUCCGCUGCUGUUAGUUCACUGAGAACCGGAAUGAUGGCUCAGUUCAAAAGCAACUUUGUGGCCGCAUCGUCAAAUCCUCAAAGUCAGGCCGUAAACAACAGUUCAGGCACCUUUGCCAACAAGAGAAUGGCGUUGCCUGGUUUUGUUUCCGGUGGGUCAAUCGGAGGUGAUAUAACUCGGACAAAUACUUCAUCAACGCCUGCUCCUAUGUCAAACCCCACUAAUCACGGCUCCGGGGGAAAUGCAAGUCAACAGAUUCCAGAAAGGGAUAGACCAAGAGAAAGGCGGAGGCCCUCUGGCUGGGACCGUUAGUUUUGCAGUGAAUGAAGAUUGGCAUGUACAUGAAUGGUAUAACCUUAUCGUUUAGGUUGCUUCAAAACUUAUCUUCCAUGUAAUAUCUGUACCAUGCACAAUAAGUUGCCUCAUGUUUUCCGUGUCCCAGUUCAAGUAUAUGAUUAUAAAAUUUUCGCUAUCUGAGUAUUAUCAGAUUGUUUUGUGGUCUAGUAAUCAAUGUGAUAAUUCCCUUUUAACGGUUUCCUUACAAGUGCUAUAUGUGAGUGAGGAGGAUGGUAGAGAUGAAUCUAAAAUACCCUCAUUUAUUGUCAUCA